AUGUUGGACGACUCUGUUCCAGCCCAGUCGCGUAAGUUUGUCAAGUCGAACUAUGGAGUCAUGUUUGGGCAUGCCAGACGGUCACGUGUCUUUCGAGAGUUUUCUAUUUUGAAAACCGUUCACACGGGCUUUCUUCCUCGACUUCAUCCCCAUAACACCUAUUUCUUUUCUUUCUCCCUCUCCGAGUCAAAAAUGCACCGCCUGUCGACCACGUCAUCAAGGUCUCUCCGCCGUGCUGCCGCAAAGGCUGCGAAGCCCGCCAUUACCCGGGGCGCGCACAAGGAGAUCAAGUUUUCGAACGAGGGCAGAGCAAGCAUUCUCAAGGGCGUCGACGUCCUUGCUAAUGCUGUGCAGGUCACAUUGGGUCCCAAAGGUCGCAACGUCAUCAUCGAGCAAUCGUUUGGUGGACCUAAAAUUACCAAGGACGGCGUCACGGUUGCGAAGGCGAUUACGUUGAAGGAUAAGUUCGAGAACCUUGGUGCUCGUCUCGUUCAAGAUGUUGCCCAAAAAACGAACGAAGUCGCUGGUGACGGUACAACAACAGCGACUGUCCUGGCCCGUGCCAUCUACUCCGAAGGUGUCAAGAACGUCGCCGCCGGGUGCAACCCCAUGGACCUUCGCCGGGGUUCGCAAGCCGCCGUCGACCGGGUCGUCGACUUCCUCUCCUCCCAUACCAAGACCAUCACCACCACCGCAGAGAUCGCCCAGGUCGCUACCAUCUCCGCCAACGGCGACACGCACAUAGGCGGCCUCAUCGCUGAGGCCAUGGAGAAGGUCGGCAAGGAGGGUGUCAUCACUGUGAAGGAGGGUCGGACGAUCGAGGAUGAGAUUGAGAUCACGGAGGGUAUGCGCUUCGACCGUGGUUUCAUCUCGCCCUACUUCGUUACGGACGUCAAGUCGCAGAAGGUGGAGUUCGAGAAGCCCUUGAUCCUCCUCUCCGAGAAGAAAAUCUCGGCUCUGCAAGACAUCCUUCCUACCCUCGAACUCGCCGCCAAGAGCCGUCGCCCACUCGUCAUCAUCGCGGAGGACGUCGAAGGUGAAGCUCUUGCCGCUUGCAUCCUCAACAAGCUCCGUGGUCAGCUCCAAGUCGUCGCUAUCAAGGCACCUGGCUUCGGCGACAACCGCAAGUCUAUCCUCGGAGAUCUGGCCAUCCUCACCGGCGGUACCGUUUUCACCCAGGAGCUUGACAUCCAACUUGAGCGUGCUACCAUCGACCUCCUCGGUUCGACCGGCUCCAUCACCGUUACGAAGGACGACACCAUUGUUCUCAAUGGCGAGGGCUCGAAGGAUGCCAUCGUUGCGCGGUGCGAGCAGCUUCGGUCGCUCAUUGCUGAUCAGACCACCUCCGAGUUCGAUCGCUCGAAACUUCAGGAGCGUCUCGCGAAGCUUUCGGGCGGUGUUGCUGUCAUCAAGGUCGGCGGUGCAUCUGAGGUCGAGGUUGGAGAGAAGAAGGAUCGAUACGAUGAUGCUCUCAACGCCACUCGUGCCGCCGUCGAGGAGGGCAUCCUGCCCGGAGGUGGCAUCGCCCUGCUCAAAGCCUCUCUUCAACUCGCCACCUCCUCUCCAAGCUCCGGCGCCGGCUCUUCCUCCGCACCCGUUUCGCCUGAUGCCAAACCCAUCCCCACCGCCAACUUUGACCAAGAACUCGGCGUCACCAUCGUCCGUCGCGCCGUCACCGGUCCUGCCCGUGCCAUCCUAAACAACGCAGGCGAAGAGUCGUCCGUCAUCGUGGGCACCCUUCUCUCGCAGUACGGCACCCCCGACAAGUUCGCCUGGGGCUAUGACGCGGCGAAGGGUGAAUACGUCGACAUGAUUAAAGCUGGUAUCGUCGAUCCUCUGAAAGUUGUGCGGACGGCGCUGGUGGAUGCAAGUGGCGUGGCGAGUCUGUUGACGACGAGCGAGGCGUGUGUGGUCGAGGCACCUGAUGAGGAGAAGGCUCCAGCAGGUGGUAUGGGCGGUAUGGGAGGCAUGGGCGGUAUGGGCGGGUUCUAA